AUGUUUAUGAUAGUUUACAAUAUUUAGAAGCAUGGCAAUUUUCAUAAAUUACGAAUAUUCUUUUGUUGUAAAUGUUUAAUGUGCUUAACAAAAACGUUUUAAUUGUUUAACAACAUGAAAUUAUCUUGUUAUUAGAUACAAUAAUAAAUUUAAUUUCUCUUUUUUUUAUAGAGUUAUUUUAUGGAAAUAAAAAAUCGACGUUCUGAGCUGGUGUCGUCAAUGUCAAAGACUUAUCAGUCGAUUAGCCCAAUGCUUGUGAAACUGGAAAGCUUAGUGUUAGGUACUUCCACUGGAACAAAUCCAGCCAUGCAGCUCUUAUAUGAAAAAUACGAAAAGAAAAUCUUUGCUGCUUUCAUAAUAUGUAUGGUAAGAAACAUGGAAGUUCUGAACAAAAUGUUAAACGGUACAAAACCGAUCUUCCAAGUAGACGCAUUAUUAAUAACAUCCGAAGUAAUAUUACGCCCAUCGCCCACCGAGAUCUAUAGCAUCAUUUGCCACGAUGUACGAGAUCUGCUCGAAAGACUGAAGGGAUUCUCCAGAUGGAUGAAUGGAUCUUGUUUGGAGUGCAAAUCGCAGAAGAGAGUACAUUCGAAAGAUUUUGUCGUUUUCAGCUUCUUCGAAGACGUGAUGAGCGUUCGAGUAAUUAAUGAUCUCGUGAGAAUGGUUCACGACACGGCGUAUAGAAUCUCGACGGAAUGUUGGCGGUACCUGCACAGAUGGAAGAAAUACAGCAACUUGUGGUCAUUUGACAAAAAUCUGGCUUGUGAGAAAUUCGCAUCGACAAACCCUACGCUUUUACAGUACGACGAAAAGUUUACGUUUUACGAAGGCAUUUUGGAGGAACUCGAAGAUAUGUCACUCUAUUUCGACAUAAAUAGUGUACGGCUCAAUCUGAAACCGCUUUUAUCAGGCAUCGAACGUCAAGCGAAAGAAUGGAAACAGGUUUUAGGGAAUUACCUUCUAUCUGACACUGUGCUGGCUAUGAGCAGACUAAAAACUCAAAUUGACACCUUUCGCGGCGAGAUCGAGCUGGUGAUCACCGGACUGGAUCGUUUCGUGUCGAUCAUGCAGGCGAUCUCCGACGUGAGAAAUACGGCGAUCCAAGCCGAGGUGCAAUUUCUCUGUUAUCAGGAGUGCUUUCAAACCAUGCGUGCCCACGGAAUUGCUUUUUCGCCGUCGGACGAAGCGAUGGCGUACGAACUGCAACACGACUGGGAAUCGUUGUACCUCGAAGCACUCUAUAGAGCUUCGACUUUGGAAAGCACGUUCGAAAAAUUUUCUGCUCUAACUCGAGAGCAAAUCCAGCAAUUCUUGGAGGAAAUCGCGAUGUUCGCCGAAGAUUUUGAAAUCGACGGCCCCGGAAGCAUCGGGGACGACCUGGAGCUCGGACUGAAGAAAAUGGACGAAUAUGGAAAGUUAAUUAACAAGUAUGAGGAAAGGCGAUUGGAUCUGAUAAAGUUAGAAAACUUGUUCGACUUACCGUCCACCGACUACUCAACUCUCCUCAAGAUCAAAACUGAAUACGAAGCUAUGGAGAUGCUGUACAAUCUCUACAAGCAGCAAAGAAGCGCGCGAGAGGUUUGGGCGAAGACUCUGUGGGUGAAUCUGAAUCCCCAGCUGCUCAUCGAGGAGAUGGAACAUUUCUUAAGGGAAUUCCGGCGACUGCCGAAAUCCAUCAGGCGUAUGAAUGUCGGUCACGCAUUGGAGACCAACAUGAAGAACUUCAAGAACUCAGUGCCGCUCUUUAUUGAGCUGAAAAACGAAGCUAUGCGCGAGAGACACUGGCAAGAGUUGAUGAGAAGGACCGGACAGUAUUUCGAUAUGGAUCCGGACAGAUUUACCUUAGAAAAUAUGUUCGCUAUGGAUCUGGGCAAGUAUCAAGACAUUGCGCAAGAUAUCGUGAUGCACGCCGUAAAAGAGCUUGCGAUAGAAAGAGGCGUGAAAGAAUUAGCGGAAGUAUGGAAGUCCAUGGAAUUUAACAUGGUGAAACAUUACAAAGGUACGGAAGACCGUGGCUUUAUUCUCGGGCCACUCGACGAAUUAAAUCUGGUACUUGAAGACAACAUGCUGAUCGUGCACAGCAUGGCAGCCUCGCAGUUCAUCGGGCCGUUUCUCAACGUCGUUCAGAAAUGGGAACGCACGAUGCACACGAUCUCCGAAGUUCUGGAAGUGUGGGUGGACCUUCAGCGAAAGUGGCUGUAUCUCGAGGGCAUCUUCGUGGGCGGCGACAUUCGCCUUCAGUUGCCGGACGAGACGAAGAGAUUCGAUAAUAUCGAUCAGACCUUCCGAAAAAUCAUGACUGACACGUCGAAAAGGCUCAAUGUCUUAGAAUGUUGCAUGGUUUAUGGCCGAAAGGAGGAGUUCGAAUCUAUGAUAGCGGCUCUCGACAAAUGCCAGAAAUCAUUGACGCAAUACUUGCGCAACAAGCGCAUUAUAUUCCCGAGAUUCAAUUUCAUCAGCGACGACGAACUGCUGAGCAUUCUCGGUAGUGGCAAUCCCACGGCAAUUCAGGAACACAUAGGAAAGAUGUUUGAUAAUCUCGAUAAGUUCACAUUAGUACCAGACCACAUGGAUAGACUGAUGGCUACUGCCCUCGUGUCCUGCGAAAAAGAAAUUAUGGAUUUCAGAAACCCCGUGUCCACGGAAGGUCAGAUCGAAAUCUGGAUGGGUUUGGCUCUCGAAGAAAUGAAGAGAUCGAAUCGAUAUCUAACUAAGAAGGCGGUCUACAAUUACGGCAAGGUGCGAAGACCGAGAACAGAGUGGAUACUCGAGUUUCAAGGAAUGAUGAUUCUUGUGGCCAAUCAAAUAUGGUGGACUGCAGAAGUUGAGAAUGUUUUCGACAAGAUAUCCCAGGGGAAUAAACGUGCAAUGAAAGAAUAUUUACAACAACUCAACACUCAAUUGGAUGAAGUGGUGACACUGAUGGGUACCGGCAUGCUUACAAAUAAUGACAGAAAGAAGAUUGACAUGGUUUUAACCAUCGACGUGCACAUUCGUGACAUUAUCUCAAAUUUUGUUAGAGACAACAUUGAGGACCCGACAGAAUUUGAAUGGGAAAGCCAAUUAAGAUUUUAUUGGGUUCAUGAUCUGGACAAUGUAUGGAUGAACCAAUGCACAGGCACUUUCGAAUAUGGUUACGAGUACAUGGGCCUUAAUGGCAGAUUGGUCAUUACGCCUCUGACGGACAGGAUAUACCUCACUAUUACACAAGCUCUUUCGAUGCACUUAGGCGGCGCACCGGCGGGUCCUGCUGGAACCGGAAAGACCGAGACAGUCAAAGAUUUAGCGAAAGCUCUCGGGCUCCUGUGCAUUGUAACUAACUGCGGCGAGGGGAUGGACUACAUCACGAUCGGGAAAAUUUUGAGUGGUCUCGCUCAGUGCGGAGCAUGGGGUUGCUUCGACGAAUUCAAUCGUAUCGACAGCUCUGUUCUCUCUGUUAUCUCGACCCAGCUGCAAACUAUACGCUCGGCGCUGCAAGUUAAGGCUCAAAUAUUUACGUUUGAGGACCAAGAUAUCGCGUUGGACUCGAAGGUGGGUGUCUUCAUCACCAUGAAUCCAGGAUACGCCGGUCGUACAGAGUUACCGGAGUCCGUUAAGGCGCUCUUCAGACCGGUGGUCUGCAUAGUGCCGGACAACGAGCUAAUCUGCCAGAUCAAGCUCUUCAGCGCCGGUUUCCUGACGGCGAAGUUGCUCGCGAAGAAAAUGACCGUUCUGUACAAGAUGGCGAGGGAGCAGCUGAGCAAGCAAACGCACUACGACUUCGGCUUGAGGGCCCUCAAAUCCGUGCUUAAUAUGGCCGGUCAGUUGAAAAGGACUUCCAGCGACUUGCCCGAGAACGUCGUGUUGCUGAGGGCUCUCAGAGACAUGAACUUACCUAAGUUUAUAUACGACGACGUGCCGCUCUUUCUUGGUCUGAUCAGGGAUCUCUUUCCCGACUUGGAUUGUCCCAGAAUGCGCUAUCCAGACUUUAAUGAGGCGAUUGAGACGGUAUUGGAGGAACAUGGCUAUGUCGUUUUACCUGAGCAAGUUGAUAAGGUUAUUCAGCUAUAUGAAGUGAUGAUGAUCAGACAUUCGACGAUGGUUAUUGGUCCAACUGGCGGUGGUAAGACGGUGGUCAUCGAAACGCUUUGCAGGGCACAGACGCACCUCGGUCAAUCCACAAAACUACACAUUCUAAAUCCAAAGGCUUGCACCGUCAUCGAAUUGUACGGAUGGCUUGAACCUACGACGCGCGAUUGGACGGAUGGUCUUCUAAGCAGCAUCUUUCGAGAAAUAAAUCGACCACUGGAUCCCGACAAGGUUGAAUGUAGGUACAUCCUCCUCGACGGAGAUGUCGAUCCGCUGUGGAUCGAAAACAUGAACUCAGUAAUGGAUGACAACAAGCUGUUGACUCUGCCCAAUCAAGAGAGGAUUAAACUCCAAAAUCAUUGCAGUCUUCUCUUUGAGGUAGGCGACUUGCAGUAUGCCUCACCUGCGACGGUUUCACGAGCGGGAAUGGUCUAUGUGGAUCCGAAGAAUCUAGGCUACCAGCCGUACAUGGAUAAGUGGAUAAAAGCCAAAAAUAUAGCCGAUCAAAAUUUUCUUCGAGAAAUGUGCGAGAAAUACGUGCACAGCUCACUUACGCUUAUUACCGAAGGAAUGUUGGGCCUUGAGGAAACCAAACCACUUCGGAUGAUCAUACCGCAAACUGGACACAAUAUGGUAUCUCAAUUCUGCUACGUAUUUGACGGUUUGUUGUCGUCGUGGAAAGAUGGAUUGACGAAAAAAAAGUCGGAAACCGAUCUCCAAGAAGACGACAAUUCGGUGUCGAAAGAGGAGCUCUGGGAAGCGAUGUACAUUCAAGCGUGCUAUUGGUCGUUCGGCGCAUCUAUUGUGGACGAGGCUCGCUACAAUUUCGAUGAACAUAUAAAAAAGAUAUGCGGACUUAUGUCAAGAGAAGACUCACCUGCUAAACUGACGACUGCUAGGUAUAUACCGGUGUUUUUUCCAACCCUUUACGAUUAUAUGCUGGAUGUUCAGAACAGUGUUUGGCUGGCAUGGAAAUGGUUGGUACCGGUGUAUGUUCACGAUGGACAAAAGAACUUCUCGGAUAUUUUAGUACAGACGAUUGAUACUCUGCGUACCAAGUGGUUCAUAGAUCUCAUGAGCAAUCUGCAGAGACCGGUACUGUUGAUCGGAGAAACUGGCACGUCGAAGACAGCCAUUAUUCAUGAGUUUCUAAGGAACUUAAAUCUCCAAAAAUUUGAGCAACUCUUAAUUAACUUUUCUUCGAGAACCACGUCAAUGGAUGUGCAAAGAAAUAUCGAAUCGGUAGUGGACAAAAGAUCAAGAGAAGUAUAUGGUGCACCGCCUGGAAAGAAAUUAAUAGUUUUUAUCGAUGACAUGAACAUGCCAAUCGUGGAUAUUUACGGAACCCAACAGCCCAUCGCGUUCCUUAAACUAUUAUUUGAGAGAGGUGGCUUUUACGAUCGCGGACGAGAUUUGAAUUGGAAGUAUAUGAAAGACAUCUAUUAUUUAGCAGCCAUGGGAGAACCCGGUGGUGGUAGGAACGAAGUCGAUCCGCGUUUUAUCUCGUUGUUCUCGGUUUACAAUGUGACUGUUCCGACGAACGAGACUCUCAAUUACAUUUACACGAGUAUCCUGUCUGGACAUCUGCAAACGUUUUCGGAAGAAGUUCAGUCUAUCGCCAACGGACUUGUGCAAUUGAUGUUAGAACUUUACGAGACAGUUAGGAAGGAGCUACUGCCGACACCAUCCAAAUUCCACUACAUUUUCAACAUGCGAGAUCUCUCGAGAAUCAUGGCCGGAUUGCUUCAGAGUCAUCCUGACUUCUUUCCAGGCGUAAAGCAGUUCGUUAGGCUCUGGAGAAAUGAGAUCACUCGAAUUAUAUGCGAUCGUCUCAUCAGCGUGCAAGUAAUAAGUCUCCUCGCUUUUUUUGUCCAUAAAAGUUUUAUUUUUACAUGAUACAUUUCGUUAUUCCAGGACGAGAACUUGGUCAUCAAGCAAUUGAAUGAAAAAAUACGGAAUUAUUGGGACUUAGACCCUGAAGUGAUUCAGUAUAGCUUAAGAGACCCGAUACUCUACGGCGAUUUCAGGAAUGCCUGUAACGAGGAUGAGCCUAGAUUUUACGAGGAUAUGUUGGAUUACGAGGCGGUUUACAAUUUGUUUCUAGAGAUUUUCGAAGAAUACAACGAGAGGAACAGAACUAAGCUGCACAUGGUUCUUUUCAACGACGCGCUAGAGCACCUAACCAGAGUUCACCGUGCACUUCGGAUGCAUCGCGGUCAUGUGCUGGUUAUCGGCACGGGUGGCAGCGGCAAGAAAUCCGUGAUAAGAUUGGCAUCCUUCGCCGCUGGUUACCAGCUCUUUCAGAUCGUCCUGAGUCGCGGAUACAACGAAGCGUAUUUCCGCGAGGACAUGAAGUAUCUGUACAACAUGGUCGGCCUGGAGAACAAGAAGGUCGUGUUCAUGUUCACAUCAGCUCACAUCAAGGACGAAAGUUUUCUCGAGUUGGUGAACAGCAUGUUGACGACAGGCUUUGUACCGGCUCUUUUUAACGAAGAAGAGAAAGAUACGAUCGUCACUUCCUGCAGAGACGCAGCGGUUAAAGCAGGCUUUGAUAUCUCAAAGAAGAGCGUCUGGUCGUACUUUGUCAAGACAUGUACCGCAAACUUACGAAUAGCACUGGCGAUGAGUCCAUCGGGCGAUACCCUGCGGAUGCAUUGUCGCAAUUAUCCCGGCUUAAUCAACAACACCACCAUAGAUUGGAUGUUUCCGUGGCCACAGCAGGCCUUGGUGGCGGUGGCGAACGUUCUUCUCAGAGACAAUCCGAUUGUACCGCAAGAGUACAAAGAGGUGAUCGUGAGUCACAUCGUGUACGUACAUACAUCCGUAUUGCAAUAUACAGUGGACUUUGCGACGAAGCUGAGGCGACGAAAUUAUGUCACGCCGAGGCAUUUCCUGGACUUCAUCGACACUUAUCUGAAAUUGUUGAUGGAGAAGAAGAACUUUAUUAAUUCGCGCCGCACGCGUUUAUCCGGAGGAUUGCAGAAGAUCAUGGACGCUUCAGUAUCUCUGAAGGAACUAAAUAAAGUCUUGGCUGUGCAAACAAUCAAAGUAAAUGAUCAAACGAGAAGCUGCGAACAGUUGCUUGCGUCCAUCGGCGAGAGCACGGAUGUCGCAAUGCAAAAGAAGCACCUGAGCGAAGAGAAAAGGAAGGAAAUUGCAGACAAGAAGAAAAUAAUUGCCAAAGAGGAAGCUGAAGCUAAGCAGGCUUUGGCGGAGGCCCAACCGGCCCUCGACGCGGCCAAACUCGCAUUGAGCGAACUCGAAAAAGCGGACAUCACUGAGAUAAGAUCCUUCGCCACUCCGCCCGAACCAGUGCAGGUUGUUUCGGAAUGCGUCGCGAUACUCCGGAACGUCAGAGACGUGUCGUGGAAAGGUGCGAAAGGUAUGAUGAGCGAUCCUUAUUUCUUGAGGCACUUGCAGGACAUGGACUGCGAUCAGAUCACUCUGCGGCAACAGCAAGCGGUACGGGCACAUAUGAAGAAGACGGACAAGCUAGAUCAGAUGCAAGUCAUCAGCAAAGCAGGCUACGGCUUAUAUAAAUUUGUGCUUGCCGUUCUGGAUUAUUGCGCUGUUCACAGAGAGGUGAAGCCGAAGAUCGACAGAGUUCAUGCUCUCGAAGCGGAGUCCGAAAAAGCCAAGCUCGCGUUAGAAAAGGAGGAGCGGGAAUUAAAGCGAUUGGAGGAUACAAUCCAGGAGUUGAACGCGAAAUACAAGGUCGCGAUGACCGAGCGACAGAGUCUUCAGGACGAAACAAACUUGCUGCAACGACGUCUUUUGGCCGCCGAUAAGCUAAUCUCUGGAUUGUCCUCGGAAAAUGAACGAUGGCGGAAGGAUUUGGAGAGUCUUCAUGACAAUAUGGAGAAGAUCGUGGGAAAUUGCUUGCUCGGGGCGUCUUUUCUGGCCUACAGUGGACCGUUCUCCUACGAGUUCAGGAAUGAAAUGUACAGCGACUGGCAAAGGAAUAUCUUAGAGAAGGAGUUACCCUUAUCAAUGCCUUUCAAGCUCGAAACGCAAUUGAGCGACGACGUUGAAAUUAGCAGAUGGAAUUCGGAAGGUCUUCCGCCGGAUGAACUAUCCGUGCAAAAUGGCAUACUAACCAUAAAAGCAUCUAGAUUUCCGCUUUGCAUUGAUCCGCAGCAACAAGCGUUGAAUUGGAUUAAGAAGAGGGAGAAGAAGAACCUGAAGGUCCUCUCCUUUACGGAUGCAGAUUUCUUGAAGCAAGUCGAGUUGGCUAUUACAUAUGGUCUGCCUGUGGUUGUCGAAGAUGCCGACGAGGUUGAUCCCAUCUUGAAUAACGUCUUAUCGCGAAAUAUCCAGACUGCUGCGGGACGAACUUUCGUCAUUCUCGGCGACAAGGAGGUAGAUUACGAUCCGCAAUUCCGGAUAUAUUUGACAACGAAAAUGACCAAUCCGAUGCUGGAUCCUGCCUUGUAUGCCAAGGCGGUCGUUAUCAAUUACAUGGUCACCACAGCAGGUUUGGAGAACCAACUUCUGUCGGUGGUGGUGAGAACUGAGAGACCGGAUAUCGAGGAGCAGCGCGAAACGCUGAUCAUGGAUACUAGCGAGAACAAGAAUCUGCUGCAGCAACUGGAGGACAGUCUUCUGCGCGAGAUUGCCGCGGACCAGCGCAACAUGGUGGACAACAUCGAGCUGAUCGAGACCUUGGAGAAUAUCAAAUCAAGCGCCAAGGAAGUGAUGAGCAAACUGUCACUCGCGGAAAUCACUUCGGCCGACAUAAACAAGCUACGCGAAAACUAUCGUCCGGUGGCGGAGCGGGGCGCAAUUCUGUUCUCGGUUUUGGUCGAUAUGGCCACCAUAAACGACAUGUAUCAGUACUCCCUGAACAGCUACGUCGAGGUGUUCAUUCACUCGCUGAAGAGAUCGUUACCGGAUCCGGUGAUCGCCAAACGACUGAGGAACGUUAUUCCAACGUUGACGAAGAACGUUUACAAUUAUGGCUGUACUGGUAUCUUCGCGCGCCACAAGCUGCUCUUUUCCCUGCAAACCUGCGUGAAGAUACAGCAGAGCUUGGGCAAUGUGAACCAAAAACAGUUGGAUUUCUUUGUCAAGGGCAGCGUGGCCCUCGAGAAAUCGCUCAAAUCGAAUCCUACCAGAUGGUUGCCGGAGUCGGGUUGGGAGGACAUUCUCAAGCUGGCGAGCGAUUUCCCGGAAAAGUUCGAACAACUUCCGGAAGAGCUACGAGAUUGCGAGGACGAAUGGAAAAAGUGGUACGAUUCGGACACACCAGAGUCCGGAGACUUUCCGUGCGAUUAUAGCACGCGAUUGACAUCAUUCGAGAAGCUAAUGUUGAUACGCUGUUUCCGCGUGGAUCGCGUCUAUCGCGGCAUAAUUGGUUACAUCACUGAAAUCAUGGGCGAGCAAUACAUCACGCCGCCUCAUGUAAGCUUCGACAUGAUUUUCGAAGAAAGUAUGCCUACCAUGCCUGUCGUCUUCAUUCUAAGCCCGGGUUCAGAUCCCACUUCGGAGCUGAUGAAGUUGGCCGAUCGGUACGGCUGCGGUGGAGGGAAGUUUAGAUAUCUUUCGCUCGGUCAGAGCCAAGACAAGAUGGCAAUGGAAUUACUGGAGACGGCGAUGAAGCGAGGUCAGUGGUUGAUGCUCCAGAAUUGCCAUUUGCUACUACCUUUCGCGAAGAAGUUGGAAAAGAUCGUGGAGAACAUCGAGAAGCCUCAUCCUGACUUUCGCUUGUGGCUCACCACGGAGCCCACCCCUAAUUUUCCAAUCGGGAUACUCCAGCAAUCUCUGAAAGUGGUGACGGAACCGCCGAGUGGAUUGAAGCUAAACCUGCAAAACACGUACUUCAACAUGCGACCGAAGCUCUUGGAAAGCUGCUCUCAUCCUCUUUACAAGCACUUAAUUUACGUUCUCGCGUUUUAUCACACGGUUAUCCAGGAGAGAAGAAAGUACGACAAGAUCGGAUGGAACGUAACGUACGACUUUAACGAGUUCGAUUUUAAUGUGUGCGUUACUAUCUUGGAUACUUAUUUGACCAAGGCACUGGCAACGAAGGACUCUAAAGUACCAUGGAACAGCCUUAAGUAUUUAAUUGGCGAAGUGAUGUACGGCGGAAGAAUAAUAGACGGCUACGAUCGUCGCGUUUCUUACACCUACAUAGAUGAGUAUUUCGGGGAUUUUCUCUUUGACGAAUUCCAACCGUUUCACUUUUACAAAAACGACAUCGUUGACUACGUGAUACCACCAGAAGGAAAUCGCGACGAGUACUUGCGAUUUAUCGAGGAGCUUCCGCUGGUGAACGGUCCGGAGGUGUUCGGGCUGCAUCCAAACGCCGAGAUCGGAUACUUCACUCAGGCAGUUAAGGGAAUGUGGAGACAUCUAAUAGAACUUCAGCCGCAAACCGCAAUCGUGAGUGUCGCCGGUAUCAGCAAAGACAAAUUUAUCGACAACGUAGCGAAGGAAAUUCUAACCAAAAUACCCGCGCCAUACGAUAUUAGUAAGGUGAAGAAAAAUUUCGGCGUGUCCGUGACACCGACUGCGAUCGUUCUAUUUCAGGAAUUGGAGAGGUUCAACAAAUUGAUAGAAACAAUUACGAGGACGUUGAACCAAUUGAGAAAGGCCAUUGCUGGCGAAAUCGGAAUGGACGUAGUGCUGGAGAACAUUUCCGCGGCACUUUAUAACGGUAUCUUGCCCAAAGAAUGGGCCAGACUAGCGCCAGACACGCGAAAGAAUCUUGCCGGCUGGAUGGACCACUUUCAAAACAGGAUAAACCAAUACACAAAUUGGUCCGGCGCGAAUGAACCUGUGGUGCUCUGGUUGUCCGGAUUACACGUCCCGGAAACUUAUCUGGCGGCUUUGGUGCAAAUAGCUUGCCGCAAGAAUAAUUGGCCUCUUGAUCGUUCCGUCAUUUACACGACGGUGUCCAAGUUCUCCAAGCCCGACGACGUGGAAGAGAGACCAGAUCAGGGUUGUUACGUGUAUGGAUUAUAUUUGGAGGGAGCUAGAUGGGAUAUGGAGAAGCAUUGUUUAAAACGAUCAUAUCCGAAAGUUCUGAUGGAAAAACUUCCAAUACUCACCAUCGUACCUACUGAAGUUCAUAAACUCAAGCUACAGAAUACGUUUAAAACUCCUGUGUAUACUACUUCGAACCGACGAAACGUCCUCGGUGAGGGGUUAGUCUUUGAGGCAAAUUUGGUGACUCCGAAACACAUUUCCCAUUGGGUGCUUCAGGGUGUUUGUCUAGUGUUAAAUACAGAUUAAAAGUUUUCGAAAUUAACAAGAAAAUUCGAAAAAUUUGAAAACUCUGUAUUUUUAAAAAUAUUUCAUUAAUAUUUGUAUUAAUAUAUCUAGUACAUCCAUAUCAGUCAAUUAUUGUAACAUAGAGAUAAAUAACCAUUAAACUACGUUUCUUAACUGUCAUAAUUUUUCAAAUUAUUAAUUUUCAUCAUGCAGAAAUAAAAUAAAAAAAAAGUAGGUCCAUGGAAGUGACAAAGAAUGUCGGAUUUGUCGCGUGUUACGUAUAACAUUUGUUCUGAAUUCAUUUAUGCUAUAAAUAAAUAUAACAAAUAAAGUAAGUUCAUAAUUGUUGAGUAAGAGCUUUGAACGAGCGAUACGCUCCCACCCCUAGAGAUGGCAGCUGCGGUGGCUCGUGUGAGUCGAGCGCCUCUCACGUCUGUGCACAAGCUACGUGUAUGUGUGCGAUCGGCAUUCGGACGAACGUCUUGAGCGAGUCAAGAGCUUUUA